AUGCUUCACGGUGGCAGGCCGCUGUCCCUCAGGGGCUCCCUCAAGGCCCUCGAAGCCGAUAUCCACCACGCCAACACCCUGGCGCAUGCUAUCCACAGGGCCUACGGGGGCACCUGCGUGCAGAUGAGGCUGUCCUACAGCUCCAUGGCUCCAAUCAUCCUCAACCUUAUCCAGUGGAUGGACUGCAGCUGCUCCCUCUCCUACACCCUCCCCAGCUACCUGGGCCUUCUCGAGGUUCUCGUCUACAAGGUUUAUGUUGAUGGGGAUGCCUCCAUAUCCACCAUCGAAAGGCGAGCGAGCCUCAAAGAAUUCUACGCCAUAAUAUACCCCUACUUGCAACAAAUUGAGGAGAACGUCAUGGCGAGAGACUGCAAGGAGAAGGGGUGGUGCAAGGGGGACGGCGACAGCGGCGGCCGCCGGAAGCUUUACGCCGAUGACAAGGACGCCGAGAGGGAAGACGAGUGCGGCAUUUGCCUGGAGGCCUGCACCAAGAUGGUCCUUCCCAACUGCAACCAUGCCAUGUGCAUCAACUGUUACCGAGACUGGUACACAAGAUCCCAGUCGUGCCCAUUCUGCCGCGGAAGCCUGAAGCGAGUCCAGUCCAGGGACCUGUGGGUGCUCACUGGCGACGAGGACGUGAUCGACCCGGUGACCCUGGAGAAGGAGAAUGUGAGGCACUUCCACAGCUUCAUCGACAGCCUGCCCCUCAUCGUCCCCGACAACCUCCUGCUGGUCUACUAUGACUACCUAGUCUAG